CAGAAUGUGGCUUAAAGCGACACAGUUAUCCUAGACGUAAUCUACGCCGCGUGCAACACAACCGAGCGUUAGUCAAAGUGUAGAAAGUAAAAAGUGUGUAUAAAAAUUGUGGAAAAAAUAAGUGAAGCUACAUUUUUAAUUUGUGCGAGUGCCACUAAUUCGAUUACAAAGUAACUGACACGAUUUUGUGGCACAACAACAAUAACGGUUGCAACUUUUAAAUUGCCAUUAAAAAGUGAAUCUCUGGAGAAAAAAUUCCAACAGCUUGAAAUAGCGCAAAAAUAAGCAAGCAACAACAACAAGCGUAGUCAGCAAUUGAAUUGUAGCGAAAAUUCGGCGCCAUUUGGGGAAGCCAACGACGACAGUCCACCAGCAGCAACAAUAAUAGAGCCACAUAACCACCGAACCAGCGGCGACACGCACCAGCAACAACAACCAAACAAGACAUAAACACACACACACUCUCCUAACACAGAGGGAAUCUCUAUAAAAGUGAAAUUUUACCACACGACGCCCAAUAAAACAACCGGAAACACAAUGGUAACAGCACAACUGGCAAUUCGACGCAACAACGCCAACAACAACAACAGCAAGCAGCACAAAAUCAACAAGAAACAGAGUGGAACUCUGUGUAGCAGCAGCAGCAACAGCAAUGGCGGCAGCGCCAGCGCCCAAGUGAAGUGUCGCCGCGGUGGCGUCGGUGUGGCCUCAGCGCCAACGCUCAGUCUCGGCCUGUGGCUGCUGCCCGUGCUGCUAGUGUUGUUGGCGUGGCAGCAGCAGCCAUGCGAGGGCCGUUAUCUGCCGACAAGGUCACAUGGCGACGAUUUGGAUAAAUUGCGCGAAUUAAUGUUGCAGAUUUUGGAAUCCAGCAACGAAGAACAGCGACCACCCAACGAGGCUAAUGGCAAUACAUUGGCACAACGUGCCUCCUGGUUAAACAAGUUGAAUGCCAUGGAUGGUGUGGAUACACAACGAAAAUAUGGCACACGUGGCAUCUACGACAAUGGACGUUACUAUUAAGUUACCAGUCGCGAUGGAAAAAAGUAGAAAAACAUGAGCAAAGAAGUUAAGUGAAGGCGUUGACGACCAAAAAAUAUAAUGAAAUUAAACCAAAAUCACAUUGAAGACAAAAAAGAUUAAGCACGAGGAUGGUAAUGUGCCAAAAUGUACAGAGAAUAUAGAAAGUGAGAUAAAAGGGUUAGUUAUAUAUAGAGAUACAUUUUUGAUUUUGGAAUUGCCAAUUUUUUAUUUAGUGCACGUUAUUUAAAUAUAAUGGGUUAAAUAAUAUGAUAGAGAAAUAAUUUAAAAAUUUUUCCAUGUUAUUACAAGCUCCUUAGCAGAAGAGAGAUUACACUUCCGCUUUAUUGAGUUAUAUACGACUGGAAAGCUUUCACUCUAAUAAUUUCAAUGUUAUUGGAAGGUUUUUAGCAAGAAAUAUAUAGGGAUAAACGCUUUAGAUUUAUCUGUUAUUGAGUUAUUUUUCUGUUCGAAAGCUUUCAUUGUCGGCUCAUGUAGAGCCAAAGUAUUCAUAAGCAAAAAAGCUUUCGUUAUAUUAGGCCUGAAAAGCUUUCACUUGGGCUUUACUUGAGUCGAAAGCUUUCAUGAAAGUUGUUAUAGUUUGUAAAUACUUUUAAUGUUUCAACGAAUCUAUUUGUAUAUACUCACAAAUGAGCAGUAUUCGCUGAAAGCUUUGAGAGUAGGCAUUAUUGUGGUUUCAAAAGCUUUCAAUCAAUUUUAUCAAAAUAUAGUUAAUUAAAUUUCCCAGACGUUUAAAAAUAGCCUAUUGAAAAGUUUUAUAUUCAGAAAAUUGAGCUUUAGGCUUAAAUGCAAGUGAAAGCUUUCCAUAAGCUUAAGUAAUAAACAUUUUAGAAACAGGAAAUAACUUUCAUUUUAUCUGUGCACUUUAGAAUUUCUACUUAGUGAAUGGAAAAAUUUUGUGUCUUUGGAGCUUUCAAGUUCUUUGAAAAUAUUUGCAAAAUUAAAAAAUAUUUGGUAUGAAAAUUUAUUAAACCUUUGAAAUAAGAAAGCUUUCAAAUUUUGCAUUCUAAUUCAAAAGCUUUUUUGAAGCUUUUUAAAGCUUUUAGUUGUAUCAAUUGAACUUUUUAUAUAAAAUUUAUUGUUUUAGGGGUUUCCCUCUUCUAUAUAUUUAAAAGGUGAUUCCAUAGUCAGAAUGAAAGCUUUUGAAGUCGAAGGCUUUCAUGCUACGUUACUAGUUCUCUCUCUGUUAAGGAGCUUUUGGGUUCGUGUAUGUUCUUUGACUAAUACCUCGUGUAAAUUAACUUAUUUCAGUGUUUAUUUAAAUAUAAAAGCUUAGAGCUUAGUGAAAAAGGCAAGCUUACGCAUGCGAAUAGAAUUUUCGAGAAAGCUCAUUGAUUUUUUAAAUCCUUGCAAAUUUAUAAAAACAAAAUACUGUUAAUUUCUCCCAACAAAAUAACAACAAUUCGUAGUAUAUACAUAUUCAUUGAUCUAUAUACUCGUAUGUAUGUGCUAAACCAAUUUGAGUAAAGAAAAACUUUUAAUGUUCCUAUAUAUGUAUGUAACAGCAACAAUAAUUACCCAUAUGUAUGGAUAUUAUAUUUAGCUUUUAGUAGAAAAAUGUUUGCCAUAAAAAUGUUAUUUUUAGCAAUUUAAUCAUUCAUAAAUGGAUAUUGUGUAAUUGUAUUUAAGUGAGCGGCGGACAACAAAAACAACUGUUAUGUAUUAUAUGUAUAUGUAAUAUGUACUAAACAUCUACUCCUAUCUAUUAUAACUGUAAUUGUAAAUGUUGACAUGAAAACAAUAAUUUUUCGUAGUUUUUAGGCCAAAGCAAAUACAAAAGUGAAAAAUACCGAAAAAACUUUAACAAACUAAAUGAGUUAACAGAAAAUAUUUUAAAUUAAAUUAUAUAUAUAUACUUAUAUAUAUUUAUAGUCAAGGCGAUAGCAAAAUAAUACGUUCUAUACCAAAUGAAAACAUUUUAAGUGAAAUUUUAAAUAAAUACUCACAUAUAUACUCGUGCAUAUGUAUGUUGUAUCAAUCAAACCUGGGCAGCUUUAUGUUUGAACAAUAAAUAAUAA